AUGGGUUUAUACCAGCUGUGCAGGAAGAGAGGUAGAAAUAAUACCGGUAAUGUACCAAUUUAUGCUUCAAGUUUCCUGUACCCAUUUGUAGCUUCCUUACAAAUUCUAACUGGAAAAAUCGCAAUUAUUUAUUUUUCUCAGGUUGAGAAAAAUCAGAAAAUGGACGAGAUAUUUGAUCGAAAUCGUUCGAAUCUACGAUUUCCUCAAUCAAAACGUGUGUGUCAUGGCCCUUCAAUCUUACUACUAAAUGAUGUUUCGACCGUAGCCAUGCCUCCAUCAUUGCAAAAGCCUCCAUUACCACCACUGAAGGAUUUUACUGGCUCGAAACCUCCCUUAGUCUCUCCAGGACCUUGCACUGCUUUGAAUAACAGCUCGCACAAAUUCGCCGAGCUACGUUCCAAGUACUUGGACGAUAUUACAAUGGUCAUUCAGGAGCUUAAAGCCGUCCUCACAUACGGUCCUGGUUCAGCAUGUCCAGACUCACCAGUACCUCCAUCGGUCGUACUCAAGUUAGUACGCACUGUUCAGACGCUUGAAAAGCUGCGUGCAUUAUUACUAAUGAACCCUGCAAGAUUACGUCGAGUAUCAUGUGCACAAAUGGAGACUGUUGAGCAGCAGAUUCGAAUGAAUUUGCUUCCAAUUGCAACGUUGUUCCGUAGCUUUGAUCAUGAAAGACAGAGUGAUAAACAUCAACAAGAUGCUGUGCCUGCGAUUCAAGAUAGUGCAGUCAAGAUGGAACAGGACUGGAGUCAACAGUGUGAUACCAACUCGCCAUGCUCACCUUCAGAAGUGUCUGCAACGCCAAUGCCUCAAUACGACUGGCGAUUUCUGUCCAUGGCCCUUAGCCUACAGCUGUAG